AUGUUCAAAGAAUACGAAAAUUUAGGGUCAAGGCGGGGCAGUUUCCUUCAGGCGAACAAGAAGCUACUAUUAUUGGCAGCAGGUACAUUGCUAGUAACUGGUACUGUGUGGCACACUUCGAUUCAGUCCCAUGCCCCUUCACCUGCAUACAGUCCACGAUGUGGCAAGAUCGAUCCCAUAGCACCUGAAUUUGACAAGUCCAUUGAUAGAAUCUUCAACGAUCCCGAAUUCAAAAUGGCCUCUUUGGCUAAGUUCAGCAAUUCUUUGAAAAUUCCAACCGAAAUUCAAGAUGUUAAUCCUGUUCCAGCUGAUAAUCUUGAUUACUACAAGGAGUUCUUUAAAUUUCAUGAUUACUUGAAUGAAACCUUCCCACUUGUACAUAAGCACUUGACAUUGGAAAAAGUUAACGAUGUGGGUUUACUAUACACUUGGAAAGGAAAAGAUCCUUCUUUGAAGCCCAUGAUGCUAACCGCUCACCAAGACGUUGUUCCUGUAAAUCGGGAUACCAUUGAUCAAUGGACAUUUCCACCUUUUUCGGGUCAUUAUGACAAUGAGACCGAUUACGUUUGGGGUAGGGGUGCGGGAGACUGCAAAAAUUUGUUGAUAGCAGAGUUAGAGGCUGUGGAGCAGCUAAUAACUGACGGGUUUACACCAAACAGAACUUUACUGAUUGCCCUAGGAUUUGAUGAAGAAUCCUCUGGUAUUUUGGGCGCUAAAUCACUAGGAAAGUUCUUAUUUGAAAGAUACGGGGAGAAUUCAAUUUAUUCGAUCGUAGACGAGGGUGGUUUUGUUGAAAAGCUGGACAACAAUGUUUAUGUUGCAGCCCCCAUAACGGGAGAGAAGGGUUAUGUUGAUAUGGAGAUUACCAUUCAUGGUUUCGGAGGCCACUCUUCUGUUCCUCCUGAUCACACCACAAUUGGUGUUGCUGCGCAAUUAAUUGAGUUGAUGGAAUCAAGACCAUUUGAUUUCUCUUUUACUUCUGAAAAUCCUUUUUAUGGGCUUUUGACUUGUAUUGCUGAACAUAAGCGCGAUCUUCCAGAAGAGAUUAAAUACGCGAUCUUGGAUGCGCCUUAUAGUGAAAAGAGUAAAGGGAACUUAAUAAAGUUUAUCAGUAAACAAAAGUUGAUGAGAGAGCUAUUGAGAACUUCCCAAGCUGUUGACAUCAUCAGAGGUGGAAUUAAGGCCAACGCCCUUCCAGAGGUCACGUCCUUCCUGGUCAAUCACAGAAUUGAUGUUAAUUCUAACGUUCAACAGGUUAUUGAAAGAGAUUUGGGUCUUGUCAGAGCAAUUGCUAAACGGUUAGAUUAUGGUAUCACGCUUGAUGGUAAGGAGAUAAUUCCUGCGACAGAGAACGGUUACAUAGAAUUGCAGCCAGCGAGAACAUUAGAGCCAGCUCCUAAAUCACCAGUGGUAGGCUCCCCAGUCUGGGACCUUUUUGCAGGAACAAUUCAAAAUGUUUUUGAGAAUGGUCACUUGAAAGAUGAACCUGAAGCGGAAUUCUACGUUACAACUUCCUUGGUGUCUGGAAAUACGGAUACCAAAUACUACUGGUCUUUAACUGAGAAUAUUUAUCGAUUCAUUGGUAUGGUGGGUCUUCCUGAUAUGUUUAGGACAAUUCACAGCGUUGAUGAGCACAUAGAGAUGUCUGGGCAUCUAUCAACAAUUGCUUUCGUUUAUGAAUACAUUGUUAACGUUAACGAAAGAGCUUAA